GAGGCCACGAAGCCAAAACUCGACUCUGAGCGGUAUUAUUUCGUUCUUGCUGUCUCGAUGAAAACAGUAGAUCUUCCUUCGGUGCCACCGCUGGAGCUGUUAAAAAAAGCCCCGUCCAUUGGAUUUCCUCGUCGCCGAAGCGCUCUUUCUCCUAUUUAGUUCGUUCGCCUCCGCGAGCGUUUCGCGAUCCCUGCGAUCGGCGCUGAAUCUUCUCUUCCCAUGGCUUCCUUGCUUAGGGUUCCUCUCGAUUUCCCGGCAGUGGAUUCUUCGUCUUCCUCCUCCUCUUCUUCGGAAUUUUCCUAUCGGUUCAGCGAGACCAGGAAGAUCGGAGGUUCGCUGCUGAAUUUGGGUAGAGUGAACGCUGCGCGACUGAGAAUCCGGCUGUCCAUCGAGGAAAAACACAUUUCGAUCAGGAAAGUUUCCAAAGAUCAUAUUCAAUUGCCUAGAGAACAUACAGAAAAUGAAAGACAUGUCAGAUCAGAUCCAUUUAAAGAAUUGGAAUUCAGAUUCAGGGAUUUCAAACAACAGAAUUAUGUGGAGAACCUCGGUCACUAUCAAAAUCUAGCCGAAGGCCAAUCACCUAAGUUCAUGGUAAUUGCUUGUGCCGACUCAAGGGUCUGCCCCUCCAACAUAUUAGGGUUUCAGCCCGGCGAAGCAUUCACGGUCAGAAAUGUGGCAAAUUUAGUUCCUCCCUUUCAGCAUGGUGGUUCAGAAACUAGUGCAGCCCUUGAGUUUGCUGUGAACUCUCUUGAGGUCGCCAAUAUAUUAGUCGUGGGGCACAGUCGUUGCGGAGGCAUUCAGGCUCUCAUGAGAAUGAAAGAUGAUUCCGACUCUAGCUUUAUCAAAGAUUGGGUGUCUGUGGGAAAGAGUGCGAGGUUAAGCACCAAGGCUGCUGCUGGAAAUUUGAGCUUUGAAGCCCAGUGCAGACACUGUGAAAAGGAAUCAGUCAAUGGCUCAUUGCUGAACUUGUUAACUUACCCAUGGAUUGAGAAAAGAGUGAGUGAAGGAGCACUAUCCCUUCACGGUGGCUACUAUGACUUCAUCAACUGCUCCUUUGAGAAAUGGACUCUUGUGUAUAGAGAAGGCCUGGAGGGAGGCAGCAAGUAUGCGAUUAAAAAUCGCUCCUUAUGGUCUUGAACACAAGGAUUCUUCUUCUUUUUGCUGUAAAACUUGGAGUUCUAUCAGCCAUUUUUUACUCCACGCAGGGUGUAUAAGAAAGAUAAACAGUGUGUGAUGUGGUUUAGAUUAUUGUUCUCAGUAUUUGUAUGAGUUGAGGUGUGUAUGGUCUGACACAAUAAACGCCUUUUUGUUUAUCUAACAACGAGUUGGUGUGAUCGAGUUUAUGUA